UGCGUUCAGUAGGCCUAUAUAUAGAGAAAUCUAUUUUAACACUGUAAGUUAAUUUACCACUGUUUAGUUUGCUUUCCAUGUACUUUGAACAGAUUGAAGCUUAAUUAAUUUUUCUGUCUAUCUUCUCAGCCAGUAGUCUGCUGCUUUGUGUACUCUCGCUUUGUGCGCAUAUCUGAUUCUUGUGAUUUUGUGAGGUAGAAUAAGGUGGAGUUUAUUCAUACGUCUUUUUCAUUUAACUCUAUAUUUGUUUUGCCUUUGUGUGUCUCUCUGGAGUUGUAUACAUUUUACAGCAAUAAGCUAACAAGCAUUUUAGGGUUAACGUAUACUAAUGACAUUGGCGUUAUUUUGAGUUUCACGUACCCGCCCGCUUACGAAUUGCCUUUCAUGCUGUGCUGACGCUGACUGAGCUUUCAGCCGCCUGUCUGCCACACGGCGCUAGCUGCACUGUUUAUCUAACAUGGCUGAAGGUUAAAUUGCCUUUGGCCAUUUUUACUUACAUGUACAUUAAGAGUGUACACCAAUCAAACUGACUAGCGGACUCAGCACAAGGCAUGAGAGGGAUUACAAUAUUUAACGGAAACUCGGCAGAAUCAAACUGAGGUCGCUUCUUUUAUUGUUUACAGGUGCAGAUUAUAAAGCUCACCUUCCACUGACGGAGAGAAUGGCAGCGUGGUUAGAUGUUGUUUGCAUUAUUUCAGUGGGAGCCCUGGUGGUCUUCAGUAACAAGAAAGGCGUAUUUAACAUAAAAGGACAGAGCAACAAUGGUUUAGUAAUUACUUGGAUUUUAUCUACACUUCCUUUGGCUGUCCUCCUGCAUUGCCUAAGAGAACACAAGAAAGAACAUGAGAAAUCAAAGGAAAAAAAUACUAACCUGAAAAGAGAAUGUGACGAACAAAGAAGUCAGAAUGAGAAUUUAAUUAAAGAAACUGCCAAGUUAAAUGCACAAAAUGAUAAAUUACAUGAAGAAAAGACUACCUUAAAAAGAGAACUAAAUGAACUGGAACAGGAAUUUGAUUUGCUUGGAGUUGUUCCUGAAAAAGUAUGGAAAACAAUACGUCAAAUGGAAGCAACCAUGAUGACAUCUAUAGAAAAGAAGUUCAUUUUCAUAUUUCUUGUGCAAUUCAUGACUGACAGCACAGUUGCAGCACCAAUUCCCUUAACCAUUUCCUCUAAGCAGAAUGAUACAGUUGGCAUGUUCAAUCUGAUGCUCCGUUUCUGUUAUAUAGUAGUAGCCGUAUUGCUUAUGUACUGUGCUAAAAGAAAAAAAAUUAUAUCAAAAUUGUACACUUGCUGCAGAAAUGCUAGAAGAGUUCGGAAGAUGCGCUGUUUUAUUGAACCCCAUCUAUGGUCCAGUUUUUGGAACUCUAUUUUAAGAAUGCAAGUAUUCUCAUUAAAACAGGAAAAGUUAACUGAAGAACAACAAGGCCUAAUUGAAGAAAUUAAAUAUUCCCGACAACAGCUUGACAGUGCAAUUAUAGAAAAUCAAAAUCUAAAUAAAGAAAUUAAAGAUUUACGACAACAGCUUGACAGUGCAAUUAUAGAAAAUCAAAAUCUAAAUAAAGAAAUUAAAGAUUUACGACAACAGCUUGACAGUGCAAUUAUAGAAAAUCAAAAUCUAAAUAAAGAAAUUAAAGAUUUACGACAACAGCUUGACAGUGCAAUUAUAGAAAAUCAAAAUCUAAAUAAAGAAAUUAAAGAUUUACGACAACAGCUUGACAGUGCAAUUAUAGAAAAUCAAAAUCUAAAUAAAGAUAAUACAAGUUUGGAAAAAAAAAAGCUUGAAGAAGAACUCACUCUAUACCGGAAGGAAUUUGAGAACAAGGGUUUCCUUCCUGAGAAAGUUUGGAGGAAAAUGCAAGAAAUGGAACUCGAUAUUUUUCUGGACCAUGACUCAGCACACCCUGAUGUUUCUGUGGAUGCUGAUGCCUUACAAGUAAGAUUUGUAGGAAAUACACGAGGACCUGACAGGUGGUAUUGCGUUACCAUGGCUGAGGGGCUAAGAACAAGGAAUCACUACUGGGAGGUGGAGGUUGGUGAGAAAAGCAGCUGGGCAAUUGGAGUAGUAACCAGAGAAAUCAAACACAUGAAGAUUAUUCCUGAAACCCCAGGUGAUGGAUUCUGGGUCAUCCGUUUAUGCAGGGGGAAGAAGUUUCAAGCUGUUUCCAAAACUGUCACUGAACUUCAAGAAAAACCCAAAAAAGUUGGGGUGUACCUCAAAGAAAAUUACUUGUGCUUUUAUAAUGCAGAGAAUACAAAACAUAUCUACACCUUUCCGAUGAAGAACUCUGAACCUCUUUUUCCUGUUUUCAGUCCCGGAUCAAGUGACAGAGGACCGCUAAUAAUCAAGAAAAGCAAGUUUUCUAAUACUGCUUAAGAUAUUGCUUUGCCACUUCACAUCAUUGUCUUUACCGUUGCUUAUCCACUGAAGUUCUGAACUUGUCUUACAUUUGGACAUGGAAUGUGGCUGUACAUAAACAGGUCAUUGAAUUUUAUUAUGUUCUGUUUCUUGUUGGAAAGUCAUCUCUUACAUACCUUUUUAAUGACUACUUAAAAAAAAUCAAUGAAAUGUCUUGUUAGAAAUAGAAAUAACACAUUUAUUCUCAGCACAAUCCCAUCCAUAUCUCAGUUCUUGUAUCUUGUUGAAAUUAUAAUAAUCUUUCUGGCUUCCGUACCUGAUUAAUAAGGCAUCUUUUGUAACAGUUUCUUUCAUUUAACCAGCGUACUUUUCUAGGGAAUUGUUCUGUUGGAAAAUCAAAUGUGCUUUUUUUUUCACAGUUUUUUUCUAUUUUAAAUUAAAGUUUACUUUGCUAUUUGUGGCUGA